CUGCAAUUGAACUGGUGCUGUUGGGCUCUCCUCUUUGACAGACUUGUCUUAUCCACCUUUGAUGCUGGUAACGUGGAUCGCCGUCCAUGACGUCAGGAGACAUCAGACCAGAACAAGAUUAUGACGACCUUAAAACAAAUGAUCAGCAAUGUUUUACCACAAUCUUCAGGCUUAACCUAAAUAGAUUUUGAACCACGUAGGCCUACAUUUUGAGAAUAUAUGUUUUAAAUUUAUAAAUGUAUGAGCCCUGUAUUGACCUCGCAGCUUAAAACUGUCCUUAUGGGCUCUUGUACAUCAAAUAACCCCUAAAUAAUUUUAUUUGCCCACAUUUGAAAGAACUAGUAUCUUACAGCCUAUAAUUAGGGGAGACCGGGGUUGGUUGGCACAACUUUGUGAUGAAAUUAUGUUAGCCAGCUACCAUUACUCAAAAAAGAGCUACAUCAAAAUGUAGCCGAUUCCUGUCUAUUAACAAGACUGAACACAUUUUCAAUAUCUCUACGUUUAAUCCACAGACCACUUUUUGACUUUCGAUGGGCAUAGGCUACUAUAAAACUGAAAUGAUAUCCUCACCAUUAAGGACCAGAAAAAAGCUGCGUGCCAACCAACCCCUGUUGUCAACCAACCCCGGUCUCCCUGAUGGUUAAGGUGAUGUUUUCGGUGCCGUUUGUUUGAUUGGAUUGCAGGAUUGCUGAAAAACUACAGGCCCGAUGUUCAUGAAACUUGGUGUAAAGGUGUAGCAUAGGCCAAGGAAGAACCCAUUACAGUUAGGAGCGCAGCCGUGGCAAAAUUAACUGAAUUAAUAUUUUAAUGGUUGCUGCUGCUGCUUCUCUGUCCUCUCCUGUGCGUGUUUGACCGAGGGCGGGGCUCAGCUCCUACACACACACACACACACACAGCGGACAGCAGAGGAGAGAGGCUGCGGUGGAGACGGUGAACCAGGUGAAGUGAAGGUAACGUUUGAAAAGCGUUGGGGUUUUGUUUUGUUUUUUUACAGUCGGUAGAGACAUCAUCUAAGGUUUAUGGCUGGACUUAUGGCGGACACAGCGAGCACGAGGAUGCUCUAAAGGAGUCUGGUGGACAAACUGUGCUUUAAACUUGUCAAAGAUAUGUAUGGAUUUAUUAACACCUGUUUGAAAUCGCUGGUAGUUGAAAAGUUUGGCGAGGAGACGUGGGUCAAGCUCAGGGAUGAAGCUGGAGUUCAGGAUACCUUCCUGACAUAUGAAGUCUAUAAAGAUGAAAUCACUAUGCAGUUAGUAGCAGAAGCCUGCAAGCUUCUAGGAGUGAAGCCAGAGGUUGUCUUGAGGCAGUUUGGAGAAUAUUUCUUUGAGUUUUGCAAACGCUCAGGCUAUGAUCACAUGCUGCGGACUCUAGGAGGAAAUUUAGUUGAAUUCACAGAGAAUUUGGAUGCACUUCAUAGCUACCUCUCCCUCUCCUACAAGGAAAUGAAUGCGCCAUCAUUUCGGGUGGAGAGGAACCGUGAUGGUACCAUGCUUCUCCACUAUUAUUCAGACCGCAGAGGACUCUGCCACAUUGUUCCUGGUAUCAUUGGAGCUGUUGCUAAAGAUUUUUUUAACAGUGAGAUAACGAUGGAGAUCGUCAACCAGCUAGAGGAGCUGGAGAGAACUGGGAAGAAAGAGCAUGUGGUUUUCCUGGUGACACAGUGGCCAGCUGUUUCUGCUCAGUCCAGUGUGGUCAGCAGUAAAACUGGGUCUUUUACAAGAACCCAAUCUCUCCAGCCUUUGGCUAACCGAUGUAAUGCCAUGAUCUGGAUUGAAGAGCCCCUUCAUCAAAAGGGAUCCAGUGUCAGUUUCUCCAUGCACAGGAGUCACUGGGAGACAAUUAGGGGGCUGGUUCGCCUUGGGAAAGGCAAACUGUUGAGGGGUUUUGAGCCAGUGUACCCCACAUCCCUUAACAUUGAUCUGAGGACUUUCUGCCAUGCUUUCCCUUUCCAUAUAGUCUUCGAUGAGCAGCUGGUGGUGCAUCAGGCAGGGGUGAACCUCCAGAGGAUCGUCCCUGGGCUCCAGACGAUGGGCAUCCAUCUGGACCUUUACUUCACCAUUGUGCAUCCUGAAGUCACCUUCACCAUCUCCAGCAUCAGGAAGUUCAUCAACAGCCACUUUGUCCUGCAGACACACAGGGACAUGAUGCCUGAAGCAUGGAAGGACAGGCCCAUGCUGCAGCUCAGGGGUCAGAUGAUCUGGAUGCCCUCUAUGGACUGUAUGCUCUAUCAAGCUUCUCCUCUGCUGAGAAGCCUGCAGGAGCUGGAGGAGAGGGACAUGCACAUUUCUGACAUCGCACCCCAUGACGUCACUCGCGACCUCAUCCUGCUCAAUCAGCAGCGACUUGCUGAGAUGGAGCUGUCCAAUCAGUUGGAGAGGAAGAAAGAGGAGCUCCGCCUCCUGUCUCAGCACCUGGAGGAGGAGAGGAGGAAGACGGAGAACUUGCUGUACGCCAUGCUGCCCAAGCAUGUCGCCAACCAGCUGAAGGAGGGCAAGACAGUAGAAGCAGGAGAAUUUAAAGAGUGCACCAUACUGUUCAGUGACGUGGUGACCUUCACUAAUAUCUGCUCCCUGUGUGAACCCAUCCAAAUAAUCCUUAUGCUUAACUCCAUGUACCUCCGAUUUGACCGACUGACAACUGUGCACAAUGUUUACAAGGUUGAGACCAUAGGGGACGCCUAUAUGGUGGUAGGUGGGGUGCCCAUACCUGUUUCCAGCCAUGCUGAAAGGGUGGCCAACUUCGCCCUGGGUAUGAUCUUGGCUGCCAGGGAGGUUAUUAACCCUGUCACAGGAGGACCCAUUCAGAUCCGUGUGGGUCUCCACAGUGGUCCUGUACUGGCAGGUGUAGUUGGGGAGAAGAUGCCUCGCUACUGUCUGUUUGGAGACACAGUCAACACCGCAUCUCGCAUGGAGAGUCACGGCCUCCCCAACAAGAUCCAUUUGAGCCCAACCGUCUACCAGGUUUUGAAGAAUAAAGGUUUUGUCAUCCAGAAGCGAGGGGAGAUCGAGGUAAAGGGGAAGGGCAGAAUGACCACUUACUUUCUUGAAAGGAACACAAGAGUCAGCGAGCAGCAGAUUCUGGGUCUCUCAGACCUAGAGACUGGACAGCAGGACAGCCAGAUGAACUACCUGCCAGGUCUCCAUAGACCAGCUUUACAGAGGCAGCGCAGGGAUGACCUUUACUUGAUCCCUAUGAAAUAUGUGGACAGCCUGAGUGAACCCCCGCUGUCAUCACAUAUGUCUGAACCCCAGACCUGCCCAGCCAUCAAGCCCCUGGACUCAGAGAGCUACAGAAGCCUGCACACUGAUGAUCAAUCAGAAGAUGGACCUCUAGACCAGUUAAAAGAUACAGAUGAAUUUGGACAAACAGAAGUCAAAUUCACAGAAACAAAUAUGGAUGGCUUAGACAGUGACAGCCAUGUGGACGCAGAGGAACAACAGUUGAUUACCGGUGCUGUGGAAACCAACAAUCAAAGCAAACACAUCCGAACCAGGUUGUGUGUGGUCCUGUGAGCUGGUAAUUAGUUGCUGAAUGGCUGAUUCAACUAUAAAUGACUAUAAAUGAUUUAUCAACCAUGGUGCAGCGUAUUUAACACCAGCCAUCGCUAGCUGUGGAGAAAACUGCAUUUUUGUAGAUGGUAUCAUUCUCACUAUGUAUUACCUCGACUAGCUAGAUUAUCUGCAUUGUCAGUGUUUCCCUUGAGUAAAAGUGUGAUACUUUAGAUGCUGCAGAUCAAAUAUUAUAUUAAGUUGACACUAUAUGCUUUGCUUAUAGUUCAUGUAUCUGUCUUACUUACUAAAUAAUAAAUGCAUUUGCCCUGUCAGUGAUUGACUCUCAAUACAUCUUAUGAGCACAGGUGGUAAAAAUAUUCAGUUAAGUGACUUUUCCUUUUUAGGCAACAUAGUGAAGAAUCAACACGCUCACCCUUGUUUAUCUUGUGCAUUUAAACCAGCAAUAUCUGUAGUAUAUCCAAC